GUGCCGCCUACCCUUGCCUUCGGCAACCGCCGCGGAAAGCCAGACCAAAAUCUCGCCGCCGUCCCAAAACCCUAGCUUCCUUCAUUCCCUGCUCCCGAGCAAGCAGCACCAGCAAGAGGAGAGCAACCCCAGUGGCGUCGAAUAUGAGCGACGACGUGGUAUGGCACUGCAGCUUCAUGGCCAAGAUCGCGACGGGCAUCUUCUGCCGGAACCCCUACAAAGCGACGGGCAUCUGGAACCGGAGCUCCUGCCCCCUGGCCAACAGCCGCUACGCCACCAUCUGCGAUCACGACGGGAGAAGAUCGUAACCGUUCCCAGAAAGAAGAAUCAGCGUGAUUUCAGGAAAAUGAAGAAAGCUGAAUUGGCUGCAGAAAUAGAUAAGUGUGUUCAAAGUGAAUUACUUGAACGUCUGACGAAAGGCUGUUAUGGUGAAAUCUACAAUUCUUCCUUCAAUGAUUUCAAUACUAUUCUUAACCACAAAAGUGAUGUUCGUGAGAUAGAAGAUGAAAAAGAAUAUGAGUUAGAGUAUGUUCAAGCUGAUGAUAUCGAAAUGGAGAUGGAUGGCAUGGAAGACUUUGAAGGGCUUCCUAACAGUGAAGAUGGUGACAUAGAUGAAGAUGAUGAUCUUUUACAUGAGGCAGUUGCAAAGAAACAGAAGGGAUCGGGUUCUAAUUCGAGAUCAAUGGUUGGGAAAAGGUCUAUGAAGGUUAUAACUGAGUUGGAACACGACGAGGACACGCAUCACAAGCAAAGGACGCUAGUGUGAAUUCAGCAAACAAGGCUUCGACUACUUGCUAGUGCUUUGUUUGCAAAUCCGGCGAAUAUCACACGCGCGUACACACAGACAACCGAGUGGUGGUGGUGCGAGUUGCUUUGCUGUGAAUCCGUGGGAAGUUGAUUACCGGUACAGCGGAUUGGCCU